AUGGCAUACAAGAGAUCGUCGGUCCUCGUCGGCCUCCCCGAUCAGGAUCGAGGCUGGGAGGAAGUACAGGCAAAGACGUUCACCAAAUGGCUCAACACCAAGCUCGAAUCCAGGCAGAUCGCUCCGAUGCGAUCUCUUGCCACGGACCUCUCGGAUGGCGUCAAGCUAGUGCAGCUCAUGGAGAUCAUGGGUGAUACUACGCUCGGUCGCUUCUACAUGAAUCCGCGUAUGCGUGUCCAGAAGGCCGAAAAUGUCAACCUUGCCUUGGAAUUCAUCAAGAGUCGAGGUGUCGUGCUGACCAAUGUAGGCGCAGAGGACAUUGUUGACGGCAAUCUCAAACUCAUUCUUGGCAUGAUCUGGACGCUCAUCCUUCGCUUUACCAUCGCAGACAUCAGCGAAGAGGGUGUCACUGCCAAAGAGGGUCUUUUACUCUGGUGUCAACGAAAGACUGCCCCUUAUCAAGAGGUCGAAGUCACCAAUUUCACCACUUCCUUCAAGGACGGCCUUGCGCUAUGCGCCUUGAUCCACCGACAUCGUCCCGAUCUGCUCAACUUUGACGCUUUACCCAAAAGUGAUGCUCACGCUUGCACGCGCACAGCCUUCCAAGUCGCCGAACACCACCUCGGCAUCCCACAACUGCUCGACGUAGAGGACCUUUGCGACAGGACCAAACCAGACGAACGCAGUGUCAUGACCUACGUUGCCCAAUACUUUCACGCUUUUAGCUCCAUGGAACAGGCCGAAGUGGUCAGCCGCCGUGUAGCCACGUUUGCCGAUGUCAUGCAGGGCGCCUGGCUCAUGCAGCAGGAUUACGAAAGAAGAGCUCGCCAGCUCGUCGAUACCAUGUCCGAACUUCAGAAUGGAUGGACCGCUGCAACUUUUGCAGGCACAUACGCCGAUGCUCGUACACAGCUCACCCAGUUUAACCAAUACAAGAUCGGAGUCAAGCGCGAGUUGGUUCGUGAGAGGACCGAUCUUGCAGCGCUUCUUGGCAACAUCCAAACAAAACUCAAGACCUACCAUCUUCCCGAAUGGCUCCCACAGCUAGGCUUGCGGCAAACCGAUCUUGAAACUGCUUGGGCAACCCUUGCGCUAGCCGAAGCGCACCGAAGCCGCUCUAUCAACGCCGAGAUCCGCAAUGCCAAGGAAAACUUGAGGAUCAAGUUUGCCAAAGCUGCCAACGAAUUUGAGCGACAACUCCGCGAAGUUGCAGGCGGAAUCGCAACUCUCGAAGGUGACCUGGAAGCUCAGCUCGAGGUUGUCAAGCAUUUACUUGCUCAACUCGAUCCUAUCAAAGAACAACUCACGCUCAUCGCCUCACUCGAACAGGAAUGCACCGAAGCUAAAGUCGAAGAAAACGACCAUACCAUCUUUACGCUGAGCGAUCUUUCGUUCGAGUGGGAGCUCGUUCGAGCAAGCGUUUCAAAGAAGCUCGCCUUUAUCGAAAACCAGAUCGUCUCGCGACAGCACACCAAUCUUACACCUGCCCAGCUCGAAGAGUUUGAGUCCACCUUUCGCUACUUUGACAAGGAUGCCUCCAACACGCUCACCGUUCCCGAGCUGGGGGCUGCCCUUGCCAGUCUGGGCAUCAUCUACACCGAGGACGACAUUGAACAGAUCCAUUUGCAGCUGUGCGAGACAUUUGGAGCCGUCUCCUACGAUGCCUUCCUCACUUUUCUCCGCGAGAUCACCGAGGACACCACUUCACCUGAUCAGCUUCUUGAGGCAUUCCAGGGCCUGGCUGGCGACAAACCGUACGUCACCGAACUCGAUCUGCGUCUUGCUUUGUUGCCGCAAGGCUCCAUCGACUAUCUCAAAGCUGCCAUGCCCCAGGUGCGCGUCGACGGCGUCGAAGAUGCCGUAUACGACUACGAGGGCUAUCUGACCGGCUUGUUCGGAGUAGCGCAGCCGUAA